AUGGAAGACCAGAUCAACAUUUCCUACAUAACUCUGUCUGGGUAUGUAGAUCUGAACAAAUACAGAUAUUUUUACUUCUUCACUGUACUCACUGUGUACAUCUUAACAGUCUGCAGCAAUGCUACUAUUUUGUAUCUCAUCUGGAUUCACAAAAACCUCCAUGAGCCGAUGUACAUCUUCAUCGCAGCUUUGCUGUUUAACGGUCUUCUUUACAGCACCAACAUUUACCCAAAGCUUUUGAUUGACUUCUUAUCUGAAAAACCGAUCAUAUCGUAUUCAGCUUGUCUUUUGCAGUUUUUUAUGUUUUACUCUUUUGGUUGCUCAGAGUUCCUCCUGCUAGCAGCCAUGGCCUUCGACAGAUAUGUGGCGAUAUGUAAACCUAUGAGAUACAGAAAUAUAAUGAAAACAAGCACCGUUAGUAUUUUCCUGGUUCUAGCUUGGUCUCUACCUGCUUGUUAUUUUGCAGUGCAAAUAACACUGAGCGCUAAAGCUAAGUUAUGUAAAUUGAACUUGGAAGGAAUAUUUUGCAACAACACUAUUUACUCCCUUCAGUGUGUGAGAUCAACAACAAUCACUGCAGUGGGGAUUGUAGCUUUAUUACAUGUUGUAGUGCUUCCUAUGCUCUUCACAAGCUUCACGUACGCAAACAUAUUUAGAAUAUCUUACCGCAGCUCUAAGCAAUCCAGGAAAACAACAGUAGAGACCUGCGUGCCUCACCUGCUGGUUCUGACCAGCUACUUCUGUUUGAUGACGUACGAUGUGGUUAUAGCCCGAGUGCAGUCCGAUUUCCCCAAAAUCGCACGAUUCAUAAUGACGAUGCAGAUAUCUCUGUAUCACCCUUUGUUGAACCCGUUCAUAUACGGUUUCAAAAUGAGGGAAAUUAACAAACAUCUGAGGAGAUUGUUCAGCUCAGCCAAAAAGGUGCCAGCAGUAAUUCAGUGA